GCCAAGAUGGAGAAAGUGCUUCUUCCAGCAGUGACAACAGCAACGACGAUGAUGAUUCGACCAGCUGUACAACUACCGAGCCCGAAGACGAUGUGCCAGUGGCUUCUGCUGACCAUGGUGCUGGGCCGGCUCCGAAGCCAACAGCUGCCUCGGAUGCACCGAAGAAAGAAGAAGCUGUUCGACCCAAGCCUUCGUGCCGCCUCCCUCGUGACCCUUCCAGCACCCGAGCUUCAACAACGGCCUCGCCCAGCCCCAGCACUGCACUUCCCUCCCGAGCUACGUGCCUCGAAUGCUUCAUCGGAAUGCAUCACGACACCACCUCCUCGAGUCCGCAUCUUGCUAUGUGAGCCGCUCUCUCCUCAAUCGGAUGCCCGUGCGAAGGGAUUGCACUAUACGGUGAAAGAGAGGCGGUAUGGCUACGAGUGCUUGAUCUGUGGACUCUUGGGAGACAUUCGCUGGAUCCGAGAAUCCCCAUGCAAGCCCAAGGAAGACUACGAUGCAAAGCCCAAAGCUUCCCCCGAUAAAGCAGCAGUGCAGGCUAAACAGUGGCAAGAACAGCAGGACCUCCUGAUGGCAACAGAGCUACAGAGGCUGGAAACGGAGGAGAAGGAACUCGAGCAGCUGCUAGUUCUUCAGCAGUUGCAAAACGAGGAACAGCUUCUGGAAGGCUUGUUGCAGCAGAAACGAGCCCUUGAAAUAGCUGAAGAUGCAGCUGCAAAGGCCCUGAAGAAGCCCAAACCUGCAAGCAUGCCAGCCGUCUUGCCGAAAGAUGAUGUGAUUCCGAGUGGCCCCGACGAUGUGCCGGAUUGGACAGCCGGUGCCUGUCAGCAAGCCGAGGAAUCAGUUGCCCCAGAGGGCGAAGUUGAUUCUGCUGUGGAGCUUAAGACUUCGGAUGGAGAUGCACCGCCACAGGGUCCUCAUGAUGUUGAUUCUGCAGCUACAGAGCCUAAGACUUCGAAUGGAGAUGCACCGCCACAGGGUCCUCAUGUUGAUUCUGCUACAGAGCCUAAGACUUCGGAUGGAGAUGCACCGCCACAGGGUGAUGUUGCAACUACAGAGCCUAAGACUUCGGAUGGAGAUGCACCGCCACAGGGCGAUGUUGAUUCUUCUACAGGGCCUAAGGGAGACGCAGAAUCAGUGCUGCCAGCAUGUCCUGUUUCGACACAGCCUUCCAUGUCGCCGAAGCAGCAGGUCAAGCUCACGCAUGCAGUGCCCAAGAGAAGAGCCUCGAAGAAGAAGCCCCAGCCGGUCGAUGAUGACGACGACGAGGAAGGCGACGACGGGGACGACGAAGACGAAGGUGACUCAGAGGCCGACUCUUCUGGUGGCUCAAAGACCAAAGCCAGGGCAGCUGGUCGUGGCAGGGGGAAAGGGGGCCGUGGUCGUGGCCGUUCAACAAAGGGCGGUGGUCGUGGCGGUUCGAAAGAGGGCCGUGGUCGUGGCGGUUCGAAACAGGGCCGUGGUCGUGGCGGUUCGACAAAAAGCCGUGGUCGUGGCGGUUCGAAAGAAGGCCGUGGUCGUGGUGGUUCGGCAAAGGAUUGUGGCCGUGGUGGUUCCUCUGGAGGAAAGGCCGAUGCAAAGGUUGCAGAUGCAAUUGUUGUCGAGGCCAGAGCCCCGUCGACGAAACGAGCCAACAGCGAUCCUGCCGUGAAGCCCAAAUCCAAGGCGAAAGCCAAGGCCGGCCCCCCAGCCGCUGAGGCUGCACCGAAAGCUAAGCCGAAAAAGGCCCGAGAUGGCGACGACGAUGAAGAAGAGCGACGAAAAAAAUCCAGGAAGUCAUGUGCAUAUCACAAAGCGAAGGCGAAUGCAAUCAAAGCGGGCCUCUCCGCAGACCAGGUCAAGGACGCUGCAAAACGAGUCGCUUGCAUGAUCGUGCACAUAUGGAUUGAGUGCUUUAUUUGUGUCCUUAAGUCACCCCUAAACCCUCAACCCUAA